AUGGCUGGCGGAGGUGUUGUGCAAGCAACGAGUCGGAGGAGGACAUUACAGGGCAAGUCCGGCUGGGCGGGACUCGUACACAACCGCAAAGUAUUCGCCAUUGCUGUAUUCGCCUCUUUGGGUGGUUUACUAUAUGGAUACAACCAAGGCGUAUUCUCUAGUGUCCUCACCAUGUCGAACUUCGACAAGACAAUGGCUUCGUCGGUAAACAAUUCCGACCUCAAGGGCUGGCUUGUCUCAGUCCUAGAGCUUGGAGCAUGGCUUGGUGUCCUCUGUACGGGUCCUUUAGCAGAUUAUUUGUCGAGAAAGUACUGUAUCGUUAUGGCGGUCAUUGUGUUCUGUAUCGGCGUAAUUGUUCAGGACACUGCGUUCCAUCCUGGAUCCAUCUAUGCAGGUCGAUUCAUCACUGGAUGGGGUGUUGGCUCACUGAGUAUGGUGGUGCCACUCUAUAAUGCCGAGUUGGCACCUCCGGAAGUACGCGGAAGUCUCGUCGCGCUCCAGCAGUUGGCCAUCACAUUUGGCAUCAUGAUAUCCUUCUGGAUCGACUACGGAACAAAUUAUAUUGGGGGUACCGGCUCUACCCAGUCACCUGUAGCUUGGCGUCUUCCCAUCGCACUUCAGCUUGUCCCGGCUAUAACUCUGGGAGUCGGAAUCCUGUUUAUGCCCUUCUCCCCCAGAUGGCUGGUGAACAAGGGCCGCGAUGAAGAAGCUUUGAUGGUGCUCAGCCGGGCUCGAAGUUUGCCUCCAAACUCGGAGAUCAUUCAGAUCGAGUUCCUGGAGAUUAAAGCACAGUACCUUUUCGAGAAAGAAACUGCGGAGAUUAAGUUCCCUCAAUUCCAAGAUGGAUCAUUUAUGUCGAACGUGAAACUCGGAUUGUUCGAGUACUGGAGCUUGGCUCGGUCGAAGACAUUACGACGGCGAGUUGCUAUCGGCACAUUGACGAUGUUCUUCCAACAAUGGACCGGUGUCAACGCAGUUCUAUACUACGCUCCAUCUAUUUUCGUAUCUCUCGGCCUUGUUGGAAACUCAAACUCUCUCUUGGCGACUGGCGUUGUUGGUAUUGUCAUGUGGGCUGCGACUAUUCCUGCGGUCAUUUGGGUCGACAGGAUAGGCCGAAAACCUGUAUUGGUAUCAGGUGCUCUUAUCAUGGCCGCCUGUCAUCUAAUUAUCGCCGUCCUGACCGGACUAUUUCAACACACAUGGCUGCAACACAAGGCUGCCGGUUGGGCGGCUUGUGCACUCGUUUGGGUGUUUGCAGCAGCUUUCGGCUAUAGUUGGGGCCCAUGUUCUUGGAUCGUCGUUGCGGAGAUCUGGCCAUUAUCAGUGCGCGGAAAGGGUAUUUCUAUUGCUGCGUCCUCGAAUUGGAUGAAUAACUUCAUCGUGGGCCAAGUAACGCCUACUAUGAUGGAGAAUAUCACGUUCGGGACCUUUGUGUUCUUCGGGUCUUUCUCGUUCCUGGGUGCUCUAUUCAUCCUGUUCUUUGUUCCUGAGACAAAAGGCCUAACCUUGGAAGAGAUGGAUAACGUAUUCGGGUCGCAAGGCCUUGCGACGGCAGACAAUGAACGUCAUCUAGCGAUAGAGCAGCGGAUUGGUCUCGAUCAGUACGGCUACAUAACGUCGGAUGCAGACAGCUCUGAGAAGCAGGAGGUGAUGAUGAAGGCAUGA